AUGGUAACAGCAUCAAACUUUUCUUACUUCGAAGACAGUGGCCCACCGAUUCCUCAUCAACGUUUUGCCGACUUUGUCUAUAAAACCGAUGUAGCUCUGCUGCCAAUCGAUGGAUAUCAAGACUUGCCCCUCCUAUCACUCGAAGAUGCCAUCAAACCGAUAGAAAAGUAUCUUGAUCCAUCUAUCCAAGACAAAAUCUAUGUAGCUAAACGACGUUGUCGUAAUCCGGAAGAUGAUUUGACUACAGAUGAGAGUGCAUCGAUUCAACUUUACACAACGGAAUCAACCACACACGAAGAAAGUCUUUACUAUAAUCUGAACAAAACACUACAUAAAGCUGAUCGAGGGCUUCUCAAACCAUGGUAUAGUUAUUUAAAGUUGAUAUUAACCGCUCUGUGGAAGUUAUCAUCAUUCACAGGACUUGUGUACCGUGAUGUGAAUAGUAAUCUCUCGAAAGAAUUUAAAAAAGGUGAGACGGUUGUUUGGUGGGGUUUCAGUUCAUGCACAACUUCAUUAGAUGUCCUGGAAUUAGCUCUUACUAAGAUUGAAGUGUGCCAACUCACACUGUUCAAUAUUGAAUGUACAAAUGGUAAAUUGAUCAACAAUCAUUCGUCCUACGCGGCAGAGGAUGAAGUAUUACUUUUACCAGGGACCGAACUGUUGGUUAUAGGAAAAAUGCAGAUGGGGCAUAGUGUAACAAUUAUACAUUUAAAAGAAGUGACAGACAGUAAUGUUGUUCUACUGGAACCACCAUUUACAGUUACAGAUGACAUAUCGAACAGUUUUCAUCCGAAUCUGACAUUUACAUUUGGUCCAACGAUAACUCCAACAGCAAGUACUGUGCAUAAUAAAUCACGAAAAAAACUAAGACAAGAAGUUAACGAACUUGUAAAACAACUCGAAACAAAUAAAAUAUUUUUUGGAUGGUUAACGAUAAAUAUUGAGAGUUUGUUGAUUGAAGAAUGUAAAGAAAUUGUUCAAGGUCUGAAAGUUAAUACAAAUGUGAAAGAGCUGACAAUCCAAUCAAAAGACAUAUCGAUGAAAUGUCUUGAGCAUCUGAUCGGUUCAUUAACGACCAAUAAAAAUAUAACAAAACUCCGUAUACAAGGAGGAGAAGAUCAAUAUUUAGUUCCGGUCUGUACACAUACACUGAUCGAUGUUAUAAGAAUGAACAAAACUGUCACAAUCCUUGAAAUGUUAAAUACAAGGAUAACGGAUGAUGAAAUCAAGAUGUUAACUGAUGUGCUGAAGAAGAAUACGUCUAUAAUUCGAGUCUCCUUAUGCGGUAAUCCGUAUCUAACUGUGAAAAGUGUUCAUUAUAUAGGUGAACUAAUUAAAACAACCACUACUCUCCUUGCUCUUCAUUUCUAUGGUGAUCACAAUAUCAAUGAUGAAUGUGCCAUUGUAGUUGCAUCUGCAUUAAAAAUAAAUCGAUCACUGACACAGAUAGAGAUGAGUUACAGUCAAAUAUCAGAUGAAGGUGCAGGAGCAUUCGGACAAAUGUUAGCAAAAAACAAAACUGUAAAAGAAUUGUAUCUGCAUAAAAAUCAAAUAACGGAUAUUGGUGCAAAAGCAUUGGCGGAGGGAUUAAAACAGAAUACGACACUAACACAAUCUGACAACAAUCUGACUGUUUGGGGCAAUCAUUUCAAAGAGUCAAGUGACGGUGGUGAAGCGUUGAUAAAAGCAAAAACAGAUUCAUUAGAUAUUGGCUUUAAAUCGUUUUUAGAAGAAGGGUUAAUUUUAAGCACGCCAAUCUUUGAAUGA